CUUUCUUUGCUAACUCUCUGCACCAGACAAGCAGCUUCUCCCCUUCCUCCUCAUACCUUCGAAGUCUGACCUUUCAUGAACACCUCCCCAUCAUUCAAUACAUAUAUAUAAACCCCUAGCAUCACUUCUUUCUUCAAACCCACCUCUGAUCCUCUCUUCCCCUCUCAUAUCAUAUCUGUCGGGAACGCGGAGGUACAUGCAGACCUGCAGAAACAUUCCAUACUGUUAAAAGAGAUUUCAAUGGAGCAAGUGUCAUCGAGCUUCCUCCAGAUCCCCGGAACCUUAUUCGAAAUCCUACUGGGCCGGAGCAGCCAAACAUGGGGGAGCAGCCUGCACAAGUCCAUCUCGAGGCUCUGGUCUUCCCUCCAGUAUCAAGCCGAGCUUGGCCAUUCGUUGUCGGGUACCUCGUUGGCAGGGGAUAAUAUCCCGGGUUCGAUUCUCUCAACCCGGCAAGAGCCGGUCCUCGAUGGCCCGAAAGUUGACUGUGGGAGCUGCCUACUCAGAGAGGAUGCCGAGAUGGUGAUGGGGAGGCUGGGGCUUUCUUGCAGCGGAGGCUGGGAGGGUCAGGAGAGCCUCCUCAGCACGGGGGAGAUCUCAAGGCUGUUCGAGGAGAAGGAGCCGAGCUUGGAGGAGGUGAGGGAGGCCUUCGGGGUGUUCGACGUGAACCAGGACGGGUUCAUCGACGCGGAGGAGCUGCAUAGAGUUCUGAGGGGGUUGGGGUUUGGGGAAGGGAAGGAGGUUGAGGAUUGUGAGAGGAUGAUCAGAGCUUUCGACGAGAAUGGAGAUGGGAGGAUUGACUUCAGGGAAUUUGUAAAGAUGAUGGAGAAUUGUUUCUGCUGAUGAUAAUUCCUUCCAUUUUUUGAACAUACAUAUAAUCAUCUGUUAUCAAUCAAUCAAUUUGAUAAAAAUUGGAUUGAAGUCAUUAUAAUAUUUUCGCUUUUCUGCUCUUUCUUCCAUAGAUUUUGCCUUUUCUUUGUAUCAUUCGAAUGAUCCCUAUAUCUACCACAAUCAUCCAUCGCCAUCUUUCAUAUCAA